AAAAAGUCAUAAAAACUAACUACCUUUUUUAUCCACAUCAACUAUAAACUUUGUAGGAUUUAUGGGAACCUUUCGUUGGUUCAAACGCAGAAAACCCUGCAAAAUUCAUGCUUACGCAAGAUACCCUGGAUGGGCAAUGAAAAACUUCUCCGAUGAUCAAAUUCAUCACCCUGCAAAUAGAAUUGAAGCUCCAGAAGCAGCAAAACAACUUCAAGAAAGCCAGGCCCGACAAGAAAAACAGCCAGAAGAAGAAGAAGAAGAAGAAAGAGCAAGAUGUGAAUGGGGUUUCAGUCUUAAGACUGUGGUUUCCUCAAGUAGUUCUAGCACUAGUGGAGGAGGAGCUGUAUCACCAGAUGCCCUUGGCGUAAUUGAAUUUGACCAAUCUGAAAACAUAGUUGCUACAGGUGGAAUAGCUCGAAAGAUAAGAAUUUAUAGCAUCAAAUCUUUGUUACCACAAGAACAACAACACGAAAAUGGAAAUGACAUAGCUUUAAUGGACCAUGUUAAUGCAUGUGAAUUUUUCAUAUGUACCCCAGCUAAGCUCAGCAGUCUCCGAUGGAAACCCUGCUCAGGUGGCCGGGUUAUAGGUUCAGGAGAUUAUGAUGGAGUUGUUAUGGAGUAUGAUGUUGAAACAAGGAUACCAAUUUUUGAACGUGACGAGCACGGUGGCCGCCGGAUAUGGAGCGUGGAUUACUCUCACUGGAGUCCUGUUGUAGGCGCAUCCGGAUCUGAUGAUGGGACCAUGCAAAUGUGGGACCCACGACACGAGGGUGGUGGAUGUGUGGCUACAGUUAAACCUAGCGUGACAAGCAGCUGCAGGGCCGUGUGUUCUGUGGAGUUUAAUCCAUUUGGUGGAUCAAUUAUAGCCGUUGGAUGUGCUGACAGGAGGGUAUAUGGGUAUGACGUUAGGAUGAUUACCAAUCCCGUAUUCGUCCUAGAUGGGCAUAAAAAGACCGUUACAUAUGUUAGAUUUAUGGAUAAUGGUACAUUGGCUUCUGCGGGCAUUGAUGGCUGCUUAAAGCUAUGGAAUUUACAGGAUUCGCAAUUGCUUCGCACGUACAAAGGGCACCUCAAUAGCCGAAACUUCGUUGGGUUAUCAGUGUGGAGGAACGGGGGUUUGCUGGGAUGCGGGUCUGAGAACAAUCAAGUGUUUGUGUACGACAAGAGGUGGUCGGAACCCAUUUGGGCGUAUGGGUCCGGGCCAGCGGCUGACCAUGGGUUUGUAAACAGUGUUUGCUGGAGCCAAGUUGGUGAGGACAGAUGCACACUAGUGACAGGAGGAUCAAAUGGGGUAUUACAAGUUUUUGAAGGCAAAAGGAAGCCAUGUAUUAUUACCAGUUAAAGGCACAUAUAGCUCUUUUUUGUUUUUGCCAUGUUUUCUAAGGGGUUAAAUCUGCUAACCAACAGCUGAUUUCAGAGUUGCAGAUAUAUCUGACAUUGUUAUGCUGCUCAUGUAAUUUUCCUUUUUUUGUGGGAGGCUUCAGAUCUUUGAUUCUUGUUUUCUUUUUUUGGUUUCUCUUGUAGUUUCUUUUGACAACUACAAUCUGGACUGGCCCCUACAUUAAUUAAAGAAGCAUUUUUAUGGCAA